AUGUCGAGAAAUGUUAAAAGCCAGCUUGGCUUCCUCAAGAGAGACAAGCUGUAUGAGACCGUGAGGCCUUAUAGUUGUCGAUACACUCCACACGAUGGCACUCCGCGUCAUAAUUUGACGGUGGAAAUGGUAGACGUAACUGUCCACGAUGCGAGGCCACUGAACCCCACCAUCGAAGAGAAUGGCUUCACACUGGCUUCGUUCCCCACUGAGAUGGCUUACCAGGAUUACGCUGAUGGCGAGAGGAUUUCUAGCAUUUAUGUGCCAGAAUUAGAGAACCAUAUUCGCGCUUUAUUGCAAGCGCCUCAUGUUAAAGUGAUUGACUAUGCAGUUCGGCGACGGCAUCCCACUUUCCCAGUUUCGACUGGAUCAGAAUAUGUUGAUCAACAGCCAGCUAGGCUCGUCCAUAUUGAUUUCUCUCACGAGGAAGGCAGGCGAAUGUUACAAACUCUUUCCGGAGAGCGUGCACAAGAAGUUCUCCAGCAUCGCUGGCAAAUCAUCAAUAUCUGGAAGCCUCUUAAGGGGCCUCUAUUCGACUGGCCUCUGGCUGUUUGCGACGCUCAAACCUUUGAUGUGGCUCGUGACUCCCAGGUCUCGGACGCUGUAUAUCCGACAUGGGCCUACGAGAAUGUGCUUGUUCACGCACACGCUGACCAAAAGUGGUACUACUUCUUUAUUGUGUUUUACUUUGAUGGGGUUUGGAAAAGAAUACGGCAAGAAAGGUUGGCUGGAGCAUGA